UGGUGUUUCUGGCAGCCUGCUGACGGAGCUCUGACACCACUGACUGAUUGAAUGAGUGCCGGCGGCGGUGCUAUAACGUGAACGAACAACAGGAAUAAAUGCCGGGGACGGAGCCUGCAGCAAAGCCGCCCAAAGACUCCGACCAUCGACGCGAAGUAGCAUUAGCUGAAGCAAUUAGCUGCCACAAGCUAGCACCAAAGAUUGCUAGCACCUCGCUAAGCUAACCACUAGGUACAAUUAGCCGGAUAGCUAAUGUUAGCUGGCAAGUCUAUUUAUAGGGGGCCCGUGUGCCAUCAGUAGGAAACUCGUUAGGCGAUUAGUAUUGACAGCUUAACCCGAGAGGCUUCUGUGUUUCCUAUGAUCUCACAGCGCUAGUUUUUGGUACCAAAAUGUCCACCACUUCGUUGGAUAAAGAAUUACAGGAGCGACUGAGAGAGGCGUCUGCCAUCGGGGAUAUCGACGAAGUGCGGACAUUGGUGGAGAGCGGAGUGAAUGUGAAUUCACAGAACGAAAUAAAUGGAUGGACAUGCCUACACUGGGCAUGCAAGAGGAACCACAAGCACAUAGUGUCCUACUUACUCAGUUGUGGAGCGGACAAAGAAAUCCUCACGGCUAAGGAUGAGUUAGCCUCACAGCUCACGUCCAAGCCAGAGAUCAAACGACUUUUGGGAGUUGAAGUGGAGGAAGUGCCUGAAGUCAAAGAGCCUGAGCUGCCAAUCAUCCCCAACUACCUGUCCAACCCGCCCUUCAUGUAUUCCAAGAUGGACAACAAGUCAGAGGCCAUCCUGGCCCAGCACCUUACACAGAAUGGUUCUGGAGGACAUGACGAGGACACACACAGCGAUUCGGCCUCCCUUUCCCCGACACACGAGCCUCAGAAAUCACAGAGCCUGGUGUCCGACAGCCCCACUCCUCCCCCAAACUCCACCACCCACAGCCAAGCCCAGGCUGGGGAAUUAAUUCCUGUGGCUGAGCAAAAUGGCGUGUCACCCAGCCCGGCCUCAUCCCACAGCCACGCCGUUGUUAACUGCAAAGUGCCCAUGGACCUGUCAGUUGAGCCGCACCUCGUCAACCACGCUGACUACCCGCAUGCGGUGGCACACAAUGGCACCAUGUGCUCGCCUCCGUUGCCCUCGCCCAGCCCCGGCUUGGCCAGCGGCAGCGGGAGCCAGGUCCAGGCCCCGGUGGCCAACCCGACUAUGAGCAGGCAGCAGUCUAUCCCACAGCAGCUGAGCUACAGCCAGGCUGGAGGGCCCAUGCCAGCCUUUCAGCCUUUCUUCUUCACCAGCACCUUCCCUGUCAAUGUGCAAGAGUUGGUGCUGAAGGUGCGUAUCCAGAACCCCAACGCACGGGAGAACGACUUCAUUGAGGUGGAGCUUGACCGCCAGGAGCUCACCUACCGUUCCCUCCUGAGGGUCUGCUGCCGCGAGUUAGACAUCAGCACCGAGCACGUGGAGAAGAUCCGCAAGCUGCCCAACACCAUGCUGAGGAAGGACAAAGAUGUGGCUCGGCUGCAGGACUUCCAGGAGCUGGAGGUUGUGUUGGAGAAAGCGGAGGGCCUGUCCCUUUUCUCCGGGACCGGGGGCCUAACAGACAGACCCUGCUACAACAUGAAGGCCUCCCGCCUCACCUACUAGAGGUACCACAGAGGCCGAGCUCUCCCCGCUUACGAUGGGCUUCUGUAGCUAGCCUCAAGCAACCACAACUAGUUGCCCGCCCAGUAACUUGUUCCAGCUUUGUCCGGCUUUGGUGUUUCGCCAAUUUCCUGACUGGGAUUUGUUUUCUCAAGUUCUGUAGCUAUUGUCCUCCCCCAGUCCUCCUCUGGCCCUCCUGCAGCUUUAGUGCACCCAACCAGUUCUAAGCGAUUACUGAUGCAUGGUGUCCUCGGUUAUGUGCGAAAGCAUUCGGGCCCCUCUCGCCCCUCUUUAUCUCUUUCUCUCCCCCCACUGCGCUUUGUGCCAAGACUCCAGUGGGACAACAGAGGGAGGCAUCGGCUUGUCUUCCUCACAGACUGGACUUGGGUUUCUGCAGUAGCCUUAUAUGGACACUUCCCCGUACUGGCUGUGGACUGUGGUCACAGAGGAAAAUGGUCUGAUAAGACCGAGAGCAGAGGACGGCAGGAAGGAUUUACAUAACUCUAACUGAUACGUUCAUCAUCAGUCCACAGAAAAGGACAAGUUGAAACACAGUGGACUUGCACAGAGCAACGUGAAUUUCGAGCAAACUGAUCUAUGGAGUGUUAUUCUAGCUGGCACACACACUUUCAUCAAUGCUGUAGACAUAAACCUUAGUGUCUUUCUGGCAGAGGGCAUCCAUUAAUGGCCCAAUAGUAAAGGUGGAAGUAAUGUCACACCAGGUGAGACUUGGGUAUCAUUGGACUAAUAGCACUUUUAUUUGCUAACCACACACACAGUAUGCUUUAAUCUAUAACGGCAGUAGGAUGGGUGAGUUGAAGUAAGGAGUCCUGGUUUCCCUACGUGUUUAAAUCAUGCAGUCAUACACUGUGGAAAAGAAAUAAUUUGUCUGAAUUGUUCUCUUUAGUGUCGUUUCACGUCAGACUAAAACUUAAUUUAUACCGUAGAGAUAAAUGUGCAGCAACUUGAAGAAGGACUCGGUUUCUUUGUUUCUUUUCUGCAGUGCAUCGCCACUACUGUGCGCUCUCCGGUUCAGUCAGCAUAACGUUCAAAAAACUGUCAACUGUGAAGUAUUUAUUUGACAUGUUUUAGUUUUGUUGAUUCUCACUAACAAUGCGAGUAGGUCAGAGCGACGAGGCUCGAGUCCUAGCAAAGGUCGUGCGCGAGGCUCCCGCUUGGUUGACCGAGCCAGUGGAGCCCUCUGCGGGAUGUUUUCGGUCGCUGUCCUUCUGUGUAACUGUGAUUAGAGUCAAAACCAAAAACUAAUCUAGCCAGCAAAGAUACUAACUGCAGAGUAAGCUGCUUUAGCAAAGAAUACGGCCUCGUUAGAUUUGCUCCCCCUAAACUGAAGAGGAGCCACGUGUGUUUGUGACACUUGGCUUUCCUCCUCCUUCCUCCAACACUCAUCCAAAUGAUUAUUUCUGACAUGAUUAUCUUUGCGUCAUCUCACUUUUAAACUUUAUAGAUUUCUUUAAAACACACUGAAAGCGACACAGAAUAUAUAUGGCUUCAGUUUGGUUGUCGAGGCCAGUCUAGUGCUAAUAUUUAAUUUUUUAUAUAUGUAUAAAACAGAGAUGUUUUCUACUUGGUAGCUUAAUCAGAGGUGUUGAUGUCUAACUUGAACGGUGACUGACAAGAAAAAAAACAUCCUUAUACUGUAUAUUAAGGAUUGAAGUGGGUCAAGAGGCACAGCUGUGUUGUGUCACAUGGUAACAUUAAUGCUGCUUCAUCAACACUUUAUAUUCCUUUUAGUUCUCAGUACUGGGGCUCGUUUGUUUUAGGCAGUGAAGUAGGCCCCGACACAUGUUCUACAAUCAAAACGGUUCUUACCCAGUGGUAACUGUUUACUGUUCAGACAUAUACCUGAAGCUCUUACUGUAUUUGUAUGUUUUAUGAUAUAUUUUUUCUUAAUUUGUAUUUUUUUUUUAUUUUUUUAACCAGUUAGGCCUGUUGUGUUUGUGUCAAAAAGUCUGCCGUCGUGCAAGAGAGAGUUCCACAAUGGGAUGGAAAGUGUUGUUGAAGCCAAGUGCAAUGUGGGGAAAAGAUUGUGUUUCCAGAAAGUUUGCUGUGAGAAAAAGGAAAAGGAAAAAAAAGAA